AAAGAAAAAGAAAGGAAUAGGCCUGUCACAAGCAACUUCGUUCUUUAAAAUGGCUCUCUCCUCUCUCUUUCUCUGUCUCUCUACAUACAGUAUUUCAAUCUCAGAUAGAUAUAGACAUAUUCUGAUUCGUGCACUUAAUUCUGGUACAUCAAGCACCACAUUCCAUGCCGCAUGUAAACAGGAUUGCUGCUUUGUACACUCAAUAGAAAAUACACUAGGUUUGUCAGUCGGGAUUCAGCCAGCUUUAGAAUCUGGUUUUUUCAUUCCAACAUCAAAGUUGAUAGAAAUCUAUAGGUCAGUUAUUUCAAAUACAUAAUGCCAUUUGCAGUUGAUGUCCUAAGAGAAAGAUUGAUUUUAUGGCUAUGCGGUUUACCAAGAAAAGGAUGAGAGGAACAAGGGCUAUAAAAAAAUUCUAUGUGAUACAGAGCUAAUUUACUAUUGAUGCUAUCAAAGAAAUAUCAUUGUGUGUAGGUCAUUACUAUUAUGUAAAUUCUUUAAGAGAAAUAAAGAUGCCCCAUCAUUGAAUAUGCU